AUGUCCGACCCCUCCCUCCACAACUUCAAAGCCCACGCCACAACAGCCGUCGCAGCAGGCGGGGCCGUCUACGCCGCAAACCAACUCGUCAAGAGCUUCGAGGACGAAGACGAAGCGGUCGCCCCGCAUCUCCUCAAAGCCGGCGUCGGCGCGGCGGUGGCCAUCGGCGCCCUGGAGAUGCUCCGCAGAGACGACGGCAGUCUCGCUACGUACCGCCGCCUGUUCGACAAGCACGAGCGGGAUUCUCAUACCCGUUCCGCAGCCCAUCGCCAUUCCGACACCCAUGUGCACCAGUCCGCCACUCAGCAGCGGUCCGAUACCCUCGCCGUCACGACCACCACCUCGGAGCACGAGCACGAGCACCAUGCAGCUGGAGAGCAGCGGAGCAGACAGGGAAGGGCGUCGACCUCGUCUUCUCGCUCUCGAUCAUCGAGUUCGUCGCGGGACGAUGAGCAUGGACAUAAUCGGCGCCUGGCGGAGGAGUUGGUUGCGGCGUAUAGUCUUGGGAAGCAGCUACUCGGCGACAAGAAGCAUGAGGUUGUCCAUCUGGUUGCGGAUGCGGUCGGGGCGACUGCGUUGUUGAAGGAGAUCAAUUAUCAUGAUUUGAGGAAUAAGUGA